AUGUCAGGUUUACCAGAUACAUACAGACACACAAUAUCAUGACACAGGGGUCAGUACAUUGGUAAGGCAAUACACAAUUGUGGAUGUACACAACGAACAAAAAAAAAAAAAAAAAAACGGAUAAAGGCUGUGUCAUGUAUGGCCAGCAUCGUUGUUGCUGGAAAGGGGGAAGUUGAGAGCUUGUUAAAAGGAGCGGGGGUUUGCUGACAGCAUCCAGUCCAGUGUGGCUUGUCUUGUUGUGACUGCACAAACGGCACCAACACCAUGACUUGCCUGCUGCUCGGAGCCGUCCUGCUCGGGAACCUGGCCGUCCGCACCACGGCACAAGUUCUGGCAAUGCUCCCUCCACCUGCCCAGGUGAAGUUUGAAUCUACGGAUUACAAAAACAUCCUGCACUGGACUCCGCCCACCAACAGCUCCUCGCUGCAGUACUACACCCAGUGGAAGAUUUACGGCGAGCCCGAGUGGCUGGACGUGGACGGCUGUCAGGGGAUCCACAAGAACCAGUGCGACCUCAGCAGCGUGACCUCCGAGCCCAGAGAGUGGUACUACGCCAGGGUGCGCGCCUCCUCUGUGCCCUCCAGCAGCAAGUCGGCCUGGGCCCUCUCCCCCAGAUUCAGUCCACGCUGGGACACCAAAAUCAGUCCUCCUGUGCUGAAGCUGAACAUCACAGAGCAAGGCCUUGUGGUCCGACUGAAGCCGCCCAAGGUGCUGGUCCGGAAGAUGCACAGCAGUCUGCACUACAAGGUCUACGUCAUACACCCCAGUGGAGAGGAGGAGGUGUUUCAGAUGGCCUGCUGCUCUAAAAAGCUGACUCUGAAGGAGCUGAACCCCAAAGAAAAAUACUGCCUCCAAGCCCAGACCCUCAUCCCCCAACAGGCCAAGAGCAGCGCUCGCAGCUCCGUGAAAUGUGUCUCUAUGAUCUGAUGGCACAGACUCACUGAAUGACUGGACCUGUCAUCCAUCACUUCAGCUUCAACCAUCCUUCGCUACCUCGACGACUGCCGCCACAAAUAUCUGUGCUCGUGAAAGUGAUGCACUGUAUUGUCUGACGUGUGGUUUUGACACUGUUCUGACCAGAACAUAUGACUGAUUAUAGAGUUCACUGCAUUGUUCCUCUCGACCUUUUGCUCUCCGUGGGAAGUCAAAAAAUAAUAUAUAAUAACUCAGGUCCCAUUAUCACUAUCUGUCAGUGCAUUUUGAGCUGAGACUUAACUUAUUUUGGUUAGUUUUGUUGUUUUCAUGCAGAUCACUAAUACACACUUUGAUAGUGAAAAUGGUGCAUUAAACAUGUGUUGCAUGUAUUGCUGCCAAUAAAAGACAUUUUAUGCACA